GGUGUGAACACCUGUCCUGUGUGUCUGGAUGGUCUGGCUCAGAAGGAUCCUGUCAAAAUGCCUUGUGGUCACGUAAUUUGCCUUGCUUGCAUCACUAGCUGGAUUGAAAGGGAGAGAAAAUGUCCGUGCUGCAAGAGAGACGUACCGGAUGAUUUCAAGAUCUUACCCACCAAACUUGUAAGGAAAGCUGUUCGAGAGCACUUCGAUUUCCGUCGUCGGUGCAACUCCUUCUUCAUGGAGCUUGUCUCAUUGUUCUGUUUUGGCACAAAGGACGAUGAAGGUGUUAUGGAUCCUGAACUGUUUAAAAUGUUCAUGAGUUAUGUGAUAGAAGCCAGUUCAAAGACUAAGGAUUUUUCUCCUUUUCCGGAACAUGGCAUUGAUGCAACACCUGUAGUUAGAUCGUUUCUGCUACAACAACUCCUGAGAGCAGGUGACAAGGAAGUAAAAGAGCAUUUAACACACUACUUGGCCAGCGCUCGAGAGCUUAGACCAGAAACAGGUCAUUUGUUACAAGUCUGUCAACUUUUUGUGCACUGUUGGGAGGUGAGCUUUGGAAUUACAAUUUAUUUGAAAUACGCAGUACUGCUAUUGUUUACGGAACAGUCUCUUUAUUCAGCACUCGCCUUUGAUCUAGUUCUGACCCACAAGAGAUUCAGUACUCUAUUUAUCCUUUAG